UUCCCGUUGUCAUGGCAACGUCCGCCUGCUCUGAGGCCCGCCUCCAGGGUGGUGGCUGUAUUGGGUCCCGCCCCUCGUGUUCAACUUCCGCCCGGGGAAAGGCUGCUUCCUGUUCCUCUGGUGCGCACGCGCCAUGCAUGAUGGCUGGGCAGCCGCUUCUGCGGAUUUUGUGUCUGGCGGGUUUUCGGCAGAGCGAGCGGGGCUUCCGUGAGAAGACCGGGGCGCUGCGGAAGGCGCUGCGGGGCCGCGCAGAGCUCGUGUGCCUCAGCGGCCCGCACCCGGUCAUGGACGCAGCUGGGUCGGAGGGCGCCAAGCCAGACUCCGGACCCUGCCCUCCGGAGGAGCAGCCUCGAGGCUGGUGGUUUUCCGAACAGGAGGCAGACGUUUUCUUGGCCCUGGAAGACCCCACGGCGUGCAGAGGUCUGGAGGAAGCCCUGGGAACGGUGGCACAGGCACUGAACAAGCUGGGGCCUUUCGAUGGGAUCCUUGGUUUCAGCCAGGGGGCCGCACUAGCAGCUCUUGUGUGUGCCCUUGGCCAAGCCGGCGAUCCCCGCUUCCCUUUGCCCCGGUUUGUCAUCCUCGUAUCUGGUUUCUGCCCGCGGGGCCUUGGCCUCAUGGAACCCAUCAUGAAGGGCCCCUUGUCACUGCCUUCCCUCCAUGUUUUUGGGGACACUGACGGCGUCAUCCCCUCUCAGGAGAGUGUGCAGCUGUGUAGCCGAUUCAAUGGAGCCAUCACCCUUACCCACUCUGGUGGCCACUUCAUUCCAGCAGCAGCACCCCAGCGUCAGGGCUACCUCAAGUUCUUGGACCAGUUUGCAAACUGAAAGCUCUACAAAGGCCUUUGCCUCAGCAUCCCCUUUCUGUUCCACCCCCCAUGACCUUGAUGCAGCCUCUGUAAUCCCUGCCUUUUUUCUACGUAAAAAUCUCCCCUGCUAUUAGGGCACCUCACCAUCUUCAAUUAAGAGACAAA